AUGGCUCGUUCUCUGUUCGUUUUGUGUGUUGGUACCGCCCUAUGCAGCCGAGUUAUCGCCCAUCCGCCCCCGGAACCAAGAGCCACACCGACUCCAACGACACCGGUCAGACGCGACCUCACAGACAUCCCGGCUUCAGUGACCUCUCUCCUUGGUAGUGCUAUUCCCUCGGAUGCUGCUGGCGGGAUUUUGCCCGCCUGGCUUACCAUGCCAUCAGACGACCAGAUCAAGGAGCAGCUUGGCCUCAAUGAUACUUCAAUCUCUCAGCUCCCAGUGGAGGUCAUGAAUAUUCCAGGCUAUGCAAACUGGACCGCAAAUGGCUGGAACAAUCGUAUACACGGUUAUGUCUAUAAAAACCCACCAGCGACAGCAGACCAACUGGAUGCAGCAGCCCAGGUAUUCGUACCGUCGCUUGACGAAUCGGGUUUCACGGAUGCCAAUCGCGCCAUGGCUCGCAAUGUGACAGCGGCACUUAUCACUUUGCCGGUACAAAACUACAGCUUACAGUUCAACUUGCGCUACAAUGGGCAACCUGCUGCGAAUAUCACUUUCCCACUCCCAACCGACGACCGUGGUGAAUACGAUCAGUUUGUCCCGUUCACGUCGCCCGGGUUAGUCCCCAAUGGUGGAAAUGCUUCGUCCUAUCUGGUCCCACCUCAAGGCAUCACUCUAGUAGCUGAUAUCGACGACAUACUCAGAGUUACACGGAUCUAUCAACCAGCUGACGGUCUCAGAAACUCAUUUGCGCUACCCUACGUCCCGUGGAUGAACAUGCCAGAUGUUCUUAAGAGCUGGGAACAAAGAGUCCAAGGCUUGCAUUUCCAUUACCUAACGACGACUCCCAUCAAGGUCACUCAAUUCUACGAAUCAUUCAUAUACGCCAAUUAUCCCCUUGGAAGCUUCGACAUACGUCCUCUAAAUCUGACGACAGUUGAUCAAAUAUUCCAAGUCAGAAAAGUUAACCUUCACCGAAUCUUUGAAACCUUUCCCCAGCGCAAGUUUGUCCUACUCGCAGAUACUUCGAAUGGCGAUAUCAUGAAACAAUAUCCUGCUAUGGUCACUCAAUUCCCUGGUCAAGUACAAUGCAUACUGCUGAGGAACACAAGUGCCACGGAUUCAGGGAAUCAUUUCCCGUAUGAUACCUCUGGGUUCAAGGAUAUCGACAACUCAACCUACAUGUUCUUCAGAACUCCAGACGAUAUUGCUGGAUUAGAUUUCUCAAACGGCGAUUGCAGGAAUGCGUCGGUCCCUCAAAAUGUCACAUUUGAAUACCAGGGGCUACCAAGCGUUUUAGGCAAUGCUGCGGUGUUUACCAGGCCCAACAAUCUCAUCCUCGCGCCUCUCUUGAUUCCCUUCCUUGUUGCACUAUUUGCAUGA